AUGGGGAAUUGUUCUUUCAAGGAUACAACUGGAGAAUGCCAUCACUCUAUCCGAAUUCUAACCGACACUGGUUCUAUUCUACAGCUCAAAGGUCCUAAAACAGUUGCACAAAUCCUUGAAAAGUAUCGCGGUUAUGGUGUCUUUCGCCAAGGCCAUGCGUCAUUGCCGUUACGAGAGCAAGAGAGUUUAAGCUAUGGUUUUCUCUAUUAUCUUCUUCCGCUGAAGGAGGACCAAAAAGCUGGGAGUGGUGAAAGAGUAGUGCGCGUUGCAGCGUGUGAUUACGUGGAGAAUCUGUCAAAUGGUUCGGCUCUUGAAGUGUUGCCGUAUUCGGUUAAGAAUGGUGUGUGGAAAGUGAAGUUGGUGAUUGAUACAAGACAUUUGGAGGAGAUUUUGUCGGAACAAGUGAAUACCGGUGCAUUGAUUGAGAAGAUGAGAAUGGCCGCAACUGCAUAUUCUACUGGUAGUCCUACAAGGAGCAGAACCAUGAGUGCUUGGAAAGCGGGGUGGAAACCAACAUUGUUUGGUACAUUCUUGACGCCGGUUAAGUCUGGAAAAAUUACGAAAAGUGCUGUUGUUGCUGCUGCAGAAGAAUCAGUUUCGGAUUUGGAUUCUUGUUAA